GAGAAGGGCAGGCGGCGUUGCGCCACGGCUCCCCGCGCUCCACUGAGCUGAGGCCCGGCCGCGGAGGGCGAAGUCCGAGCUCUCCCCCUCCUCGCCGGCCGCCGAGGACAAAAUUCCCAGAAGAAGCGGAGGGCGGCGAGAGGCGGCCGGCUGCUGGGGAGGCGAAGCAGCGGCGGCGGCAUUUGGAGGCGCGUCACCGAAGCGGACACCGAAGCGAAGCGCGCGGCGGCGGCGAUGGCGGCGAAGGGAGCCGACGGCGCGAACCUGUCGGUGGUGGUGCACAAAGCCGGCGACUUGCGCCUGGAAAAUCGGCCGAUACCUGAACCAGGUCCCAACGAGGUGCUUUUGAAGAUGCAUUCUGUAGGGAUUUGUGGCUCUGAUGUCCAUUAUUGGACACAUGGACGGAUUGGAGAUUUUGUUGUGAAGAACCCCAUGGUGCUGGGCCACGAGGCUUCAGGAACAGUUGUCAAAGUUGGGUCCGCAGUGACCAAAUUAAAGAAAGGUGACCGAGUGGCUAUUGAGCCUGGAGUUCCCCGAGAAAUAGAUGAAUUCUGCAAAACUGGCCGAUACAACCUGUCUCCAACCAUCUUCUUCUGUGCAACUCCUCCUGAUGAUGGGAACCUGUGCCGCUAUUACAAGCACGAUGCAAACUUUUGCUACAAACUUCCAGACAAUGUGACCUUUGAGGAAGGUGCCCUCAUUGAACCUCUUUCUGUGGGAAUCCAUGCCUGCCGAAGAGCUGGAGUGACUCUGGGAAGCAAGGUCUUCAUUUGUGGUGCUGGACCUAUUGGACUUGUGACUUUGCUUACUGCUAAGGUAAUGGGGGCUGCACAAGUGGUGAUAACAGAUUUAUCAGCUCCCCGCCUUGAAAAGGCUAAGGAAAUUGGGGCUGAUUUCACAGUCCAGGUCAAGAGUGAGAGCCCAGAGGAGGUGGCCCACCUGGUGGAACAAGCGCUUGGUUGCAUGCCUGACAUCACGGUGGAAUGCACCGGGGCACAGGCCUCUAUCCAGACUGGAAUAUAUGCAACACGUUCUGGAGGGACUCUGGUUUUGGUGGGGCUAGGAUCUGAGAUGGCCACCUUGCCCAUUGUGAAUGCUGCUGUGCGGGAGGUGGACAUCCGAGGGGUAUUUCGAUACUGCAAUACGUGGCCUAUGGCAAUUGCUAUGCUUGCAUCAAAAAAAGUGGACAUCCAACCACUGGUGACACAUCGCUUUCCUUUGGAAAAAGCUAUGGAGGCUUUUGAGACCACCAAGAAGGGGCUUGGGAUAAAAAUUAUGCUGAAGUGCGAUCCCAGCGACCAGAAUCCUUGAAAACAAAUAACAACAAAACCCCAGAAUGCAACACUCUGCUCUACUGUCCUGCCAACGAGGGUAGUUUUGUUUCUAAAGGACACUCAGAGCCUUAAAACUGGAUCACCUAGGAAACAAAUUUCAGUGAAAUUCUAAACCUUAUGCUCUCUUACCUAGAAUAGUUAGUGCAAUUUGAUGAAAUGCUGAAAUCGGUAGAGGAAUUUGAUUAUAAGUGUUAGAGCUGAAACACACAGAACAAGCAUGGAGUGUAGCUUUUGCUGGGCAUUUCUGUUUUGCGCUGCCUGUGUGAGUUCCCCAGGUAACAAACUCCCUGGAUAAACAAAACUUAUAUCAAGGAGGAAGGUUCUAGCCCAGGCAUGUCAAACAUGCGGCCCUCCAGAUGUUUUGGCCUACAACUCCCAUGAUCCCUAGCUAGCAGGACCAGUGGUUGGGGAAGAUGGGAAUUGUAGUCCAAAACAUCUGGAGGGCCGCAGGUUUGACAUGCCUGUUCUAGCCUAACCACCCAGCUUUGUAUGUCUGGGGAGUUGUUUCAUAUGGCAGAACACUCAACUGUGCAGUGCCCUCUGUAGUCUGAAAUAGUUCAGCCCAGUAAGAGCUGUGUACCACGUCACUGCUCUGGUUAUAUAUUUCUGCUAUCGGAGAACACUAUGGACUUGUUCCUCUCAUAAUCGGCCCCCUCUCACCCACAACUAAUGCAGAUUUUACACCCACUUAUAUUCAUUUCCUAAGCAGUAAGAACUUCUUUAUGGUAAACAUAUGUAGAUCCUUAGAACCUUAGAAGAGCCCUAGUCCAGAAUCUUAUUUUCCACAAUGACCAGUGAAGGAGAUAAGAGUUGGGGGCAUUUGGAAGUUUGACUGGCAAAGGUACAUUCCGUUCCACAGAUAUUUCAUUUCUGGACGAAUAGCCAAAUGUGGCUAUUUCAGUAACAGAGGAUAUACUUCUCCAUUACACAAUUGUAUGUGCCCUAUGCUGAAAACUUCUGCAAUUCCAAUCUAGAUGGAUAUCUCUUGGAGUAUCUAGGGAUGGAUGAAUCUUAUCAGUUUCAGUUUCUAGUUUUUCCAGUCCUUAAGUUCAGGUCACUACAUGUCUGCCUCACUUUGUGAUAUAUUUGGAAGUCCUUGUGGACAUUGGUCAGCAUUUAAGUGCACAUUUCUCUUACUAUACACAUUUUUCUAAGCAAUUGACCCGAAUGUUAUUUUCACCUGUUGUUUUCACCGACACAUGCAUUUUGUGCACAUUUUUUUGAUGGGAAAACUGCAUUGCAAAAUUCAGAUAACAGACUUUUGAAAGCUAGAUGCAUCAUUUUGGGAAUUGUGAAUUAGAUAAUAAUCAAAUUUCUCGGAGCAUCUCAGGGACAUCAACCAUUUAUUGCCACUAGGAACAAAAGCAAGGAUUGUUUGGUGCUUUGCCUGUGCAAACAUAUCCCUCGUGUUCAAAUAUUCUGCAUUGGAAACCUGCAGGGAUUACCUAAGCCCUUGCCUUUCCACAAGUGCUGUAAUGAGAGCCACUUCCUCAUAGUAUCAAAGCCUUGAAAGGGAUGUCGACAUGCUUCAGCAAGCAGCCAGAUCAAAGAAUGGCCUGUAAUUCUGAAGUGUGAAGUGGCCACAUACUUAACUGGCAACCCAAGAUACUGUGCCUUCAACAAGGGCCUAGGGCAGAAACCACUAAUUAUAUAUUUCAUUCGCUAGGGUCAUGUUACACUGAGUCUGUCUUCCACUAGGCUGCCUCUGCUCCCAGACGUACCUUGAGCUAUCAAAAGGAAAUGCAAAUAGGCAGAGUCUGUUGGAAGGGACUGGAGAUACCGCUCAGACUGCUUUGAAUUUUUAGGAAAUGUUAUUUUGUUUUAAACCUCAGAAAUAAAGUAACUGUAUUGAGCAAA